AUGGCUGAUAAGAUUGCUGAGAAAUUGAACGAGUUUGGUAGAAAACCAGCUGAAAAGAUCUUUGGUAAGACGGCGAAAACUACCAAAGCUAGUAGUGGUCAUGUUAAUGAUGAGAGUGCUCCUGUAGCGUUUCCUUCAGCCCAUACUGAGGACGAAGAUCCUAAAAGUAAAGUGCCGGAGGAUGAAAAAUCUAAAAAAGAUAACUCUGUAGAGAAUGGGAAGCCUAGGACGAAAUCUUUCUUGGAUAACGAUAGACCAGAGAAUUUCACACCUGUAACGAGAAAGAAGAGAGUUUCUUCAUUGUCGUUGAGCGAUCAAUGGAUUAACGGUGCUUCGCCAAUGACGCCGCUAGACGGCAAUACAGGCGAUAGAAAGGGUUCUGUUUUUUCUAGUGGGUCUUUCUCUAGUAGAAAGAAUUCUAUUGCCGUCAGAGAACAGCGUAAAGUUAUUGAUCAUGAGCGUAUUGCUUCGUAUGCUUUCGCAUUUGAUAUCGAUGGUGUUUUGGUUAGAGGUCCAGAGACUAUUCCACAGGGCCCUGAAGCAUUGCGUAUGUUGAAUGGUCAUAACAAAUAUAAUAUCAAGGUUCCAUAUAUCUUUAUCACAAACGGUGGUGGUCGUUCUGAAAAGGCCAGAUGUAAGGAUUUGUCCAAGAGAUUGGGUAUAACGGUCACCGAAGACCAAGUUAUUCAGGGUCAUACGCCAAUGAAGGAUUUGGUGCCCGCUCACAAGAACGUUUUGGUCGUUGGUGGUGUGUUGGACUCCUGUAGGAAGGUUGCAGAGGGCUACGGAUUCAAGAACGUGUAUAUUCCAUUGGAUAUCAUGAAAUGGAAUCCAAGUGUCACCCCAUACUACCAGUUGAGCGAUGAGGAGAAGAAGAUUGCGCGUGAUGUGGAUUUCUCCAAGGUCAAUAUUGACGCGAUCUUGGUUUUUGCAGACUCCAGAAACUGGGCUGCUGAUCAACAGAUCAUCUUGGAAUUGCUACUGAGUGAAAAUGGUGUUAUGGGUACUAUUUGCCCAACUGCAGACAAGGGUCCAGGUCUAUAUUUUGCUCAUUCCGAUUUUGUUUGGGCCACAGACUAUGGUCUAAAUCGUUACGGUAUGGGUGCUCUACAGGUCUCUAUCGCAGCACUUUACCAAGAACACACCGGUAAGGAACUGGAAGUGACUAGAUUUGGUAAGCCUCAAAGAGGUACUUUCCGUUUUGCUGAAAAAGUGCUAUCUAACUGGAGAAGAGAGACUCUAUCAGAACACGUCGAACAACUGAAACUCGAAGACACUAGAAACUCUAUUGACAAGACUGAACACGAUGACUCGCCAUUUGUUUCCGAUUCCGAGGAAGAAGAAUUGGAAAAUGAUCCAUUCAGCGAAGAGGGUAUUACCAUCGAGAACGGUUCCAAACUGACCCUAGAGUUGCCUCCUGCUUCUACUGUGUAUUUUGUUGGUGACACUCCCGAGUCGGAUAUCAGAUUCGCCAACUCUCACGAUUCUUCAUGGUACUCUAUCUUGGUUAAGACAGGUGUUUACCAAGAUGGUGCUACCCCAAGAUAUAAGCCAAAGCAAAUUUGUGAUAACGUGUUAGAAGCUGUUAAAUUUGCCAUCGAAAGGGAGCACAAAAAGGAGUUGGAAGAAUGGAACAGUUCAGCCACUGUACAGGCUCCAGUGGUUGAAGAAAAGAAGCAAGUCGAGAAGGCGCAGAAAUAA